UUGAUCACAAGACGGUCACAGUCGAUUAUACCGUCGCUGCGAAUUUUGUUGUGACUUCCAGAAAAAAAAUCUUGCGGUCUCUCAUAUUGAUCGUAAAGACCAAAUACCAACCUGUCAUGACUGGGAUAUGGAGAGCAAGUUCCGCUGGUAUAAGACUGUCAAACCAACUUUCCAAAUGUGUGUGUCGCUGUUUGGGUUCAUCAUCUGUACAGCUCAGCAAGUUUGUGAUGAAAGGUAUUGAAGAGAAAUCAGGAAAGAAUAUGCUGAAUGUUACUUGGCAAGAUGACACUUCAAAUGCAUAUCCCUACAUAUACCUUCGGGACAACUGCCAAUGCUCACAGUGCUAUUUCAAGGAUUCUAAUCAGCGCCUUGUAGAUGUCGUAAGAGAUGUUGAUCUGAAUGUCAGACCUACCAAUGUUGAAAUGAGUGAGGAUGGAAGUAAACUUUCAAUAGCAUGGCCAGACAAACACGAAACCACACUCGACGCUGACUUUCUGUUCAGGAAGCGGCUACCAACUGAAGCAGAGUUAAAAGACAGAGUUUGUGAGGAUGUAACUACUAGGAAAGUGAACCUUUGGGGAAGUAAAUUUAAGGACCACAUUCCUCAGAUGAAAUAUCAUGACAUUCUUCAAGAUGAGAUGGUGGAGUUUGAAUUUUUAAACAGUUUGUAUAGAUAUGGAUUGGCCCUGGUCACUGACAUGCCAAUUCAAGACGGGCUGGUGGAAAAGCUAGGGGAACACAUAGGUUACUUGAGAAUGACAGCUUAUGGGAAAACAAUAGUGGUAUCAACAAGGCUACAGGCCAACAGUGUUGCCUAUACAAGUUACACAUUGCCUUUACAUUCUGAUCUGCCGUACUAUGAAGCCAAACCAGGGAUACAGAUGCUAUUUUGCAAGGAACAGACUCCAACUGAAGGAGGAGAAAAUUCCCUGGUUGAUUCAUUUCAUGUUGCUCAGCAAUUAAAGAAGGAAGAUCCUGGCGCUUAUGAGUUGCUCACCACAACUCAUAUUCUUUUCAGAACAAGUGGAACUGACAUACUUGGUGAAUAUGAUUUGGAAGGUGCAAGACCACUUCUUGAGCUAGAUCAUCAUGGCAGACUAUUACGAUGCAACCACAAUGAAGGCUGUAGACUGGACUUUUUGGGUGUGCCAGCAGAAAAAAUCCAUGAGAUGUACAAAGCCUAUUAUUCAUUAACCAAGAGAUUGAAAGAUCCUAAAAAUAUGUUUCUUCACAAGCUUUCUCCAGGAGAGAUGAUUGUGUUUGAUAAUGACCGUGUCCUCCAUGGAAGGGAGGGGUACACUCUUUCAGAGGAAGGGGGUAGAUGUUUGGAAUCAGCAUACAUUGACUGGGAUGUAGCAAGGUCCAGAUUGAGUGUCUUAGGGAAGAGACUUGGUAAGGGUCCUGUGGCCAGAAUGGACAGUAAACUUAGUGUUACAGGACAGUGGUCUGUGUCAUGAAAUUACCAUGUGCAAAAAUAUUCAACAAUAAUUAUUUGCUAGAGGUGAAUUGAACAUGGUGCAAUAGCUCUCAGUACAAAAGAAGGGAUUAUUCAAAAACAUUCCUUACCCUGAGGCAAAGAAUUUUUUUUUGUAUUAUUAAAUGAGUGAUUUUUUCAAAUUAUUUUGUAGACUCCAGAAAUAUCAAUGAUUCAUGGAACACUUAUUUGGCACUUAGUGCUUCAGUAUGUUUGUGAAGAAUAAGAUGUGAUUUAAUAAUAUAUAAUAAUAAGAUGUGAUUUAAUCUACAACAAAAUUAUUUUGUAGACUCCAGAAAUAUCAGUGAUUCAUGGAUUCAUGGAACACUUAUUUGGCACUUAGUGCUUCAGUAUGUUUGUGAAGAAUAAGAUGUGAUUUAAUAAUAGAUAAUAAUAAGAUGUGAUUUAAUCUACAACCAAACUCGAUAAGCUGAAAACCACUCCGCUUUGCAUCGUGGUUUCCUACACUUAUCUCGUGUUCUCCCAACCUCCCAAGUGUUUACAUCAGGCUAUGUAAACACGGAAACCAUUUUACAUUUCUUCAAUUUAUACUGGCCAACUUAUCUUCUAUCAAAAGGCAUUAGUUUUUUCUUAGGAUUACUUGGAUUUUCACUAGAGGACCUUACCAUAUCUGAAGAUAAAAUUUGUAUAGUAAUAUAACAACACUGAUGUUGGUUAUAAGUAUUCUAACCCUGUAUUAAAAAGAGAGCAUCCAAAGCAUAUUGGAAA